AUGCAUUUGGGAUCCAAGUUCUAUGUAAUUGGUUUUUCCAUGGGUGGACAGGUGAUUUGGAGUUGCCUCAAGUAUAUCCUUCACAAGUUGGCAAGUGCAACACUGAUAGCUCCAAUGGUCAACUACUUUUGGCCUAGUUUUCCUCCAAACUUAUCUAAAGAAGCCUACUACCAAUAGUUUUGACAGGAUCAGUGGGCGCUUCGUGUUGCUCACUACACACCAUGGCUUACCUACUGGUGGAACACUCAAAAGUGGUUUCCUGCUUGUAGUGUUGCAGAACACACCACUGAUAUUAUUUCUCACCAAGACAAAAAGCUCAUGCUUAAGCUUUCAAAGAAAAUGGAAUAUAUGGCACAUGUGAGACAACAAGAAGAAUUUGAGUCUACCCAUCGUGACUUGAUGAUAGGAUUUAGAACUUGGGAAUUUGAUCCCAUGGAUCUGAAGAACCCAUUCCCAAAUAAUGAAGGUUCUGUCCACCUAUGGCAUGGAGAUGAAUAUGCAAUUAUGCUUGUUUCACUGCAACGCUACAUUGCCCAACAACUCCCAUGGAUCAUAUUUGUAGAUAUCCAUCUGCUUGAAUAG